GCAGAGACCAGGAUCGUCGAGAAAGCAUGGACGCGAAGCGAGGGAUGCUGUACGGCCGCGCGGGUCUCGGCAGCCGCGGCAAGGACACGGGCGCUGUCAACGCGACGUGCCAGAAGUGCUUGAAGAAGGGCCACUGGACCUACGAGUGCCAAGGCCAGGCGGUCUACCUCCAGCGCCCGAGCCGCACGCAAGUGCUCGCGAACCCGCGCCUGCGCCGGCCGUUUAGCACCGACACAUUGCAGUCGCCGCACGAUGCCAAGGACAAGAAGCGCGAGGCGCCUGUCAAGGCCAAGAAGGCUAGACGCAAGGCCUCGGUCUCGUCCUCCUCGUCGUCCUCUUCCUCGUCGAGCGACUCGUCGUCAUCGUCGUCGAGCGAUUCCAGUGGCUCCGACUCCGACUCGUCGUCGUCCUCGGACAGCGAAGACGACCGGCCGGCCAAGAAGACGCGCAAGAGCAGCGAAUAAGAUAGUCAACACCAUGUAGUAAAUAUUUGCUCUGAUCUCGA